AAAGAAGAGUCUAGAACAAAAACGCGUUUUUGCCUUUAUUCUGUAACAGGGCAGAGAGGAGGGUUUUAGUUAGCUAGCUAGCAAGGGAGGCUUUUGUUCGCUGCUCCUACUCCUAAAAGGCUCUCUUCUGUUUCUAUUUUCUGCCCUUAUCCAUGGCUUCUGCAUUUGUUACUCUAUCAAUACCCUUUUUGGUUAACAAAACCACUUCGUCUUCUCUCUCUCAACACAGACUUGUAGGAUUGCCAAGAAAUUCUCUUCGAGUCAAUGCAGCUGCCAUAAAAUGGGAACCCACAAAGGUUGUUCCCCAAGCUGACAGAGUCCUUAUUCGUCUUGAAGACCUACCUGAGAAAUCAACUGGUGGAGUUCUGUUGCCCAAGUCUGCUGUGAAAUUUGAGCGAUACCUAAUGGGGGAGGUAUUGUCUGUUGGUGCUGAAGUUGGGGAAGUGGAUGCUGGAAAGAAGGUUCUUUUCUCUGACAUAAAUGCUUAUGAGGUUGAUUUGGGAACAGAUGCGAAGCACUGUUUCUGCAAAGCUGGUGAUUUAUUGGCCGUAGUUGAGUAAAUUUCAGCAUUUUGGCUGGAUUUCCAGAAGAACGAUUGCUGGAGUAGUGUAUCUGUCCAUCACCCUUGUAUUAAUUGACAGGGGAUGUUUUGCCUUGUGCAACGAUAUUUUGACGUAACUCUGUAUUUCCGAUUGCUGGGAGUUAAGAAAUUGAUUAUAUCUCAUUCCUUCUUCCAUGCUGCUUAAUAAAAAAAAGGAACAAAAACAUUAUGUCUAUGCUGAUGACAAGUAGUACUUUGCGCUAUUAAUAGAUACUUGGUGGACUUGAUUUUA